CGAGGUAGUAGUGUAGCUCGAGAAGGUCUCUCGGGAGGCUGGAUUAGCCACAAGUUGUGGUGAACCAGGGUAAAAUCGGUGUGCCUCUUACUCUUCUCUUUACUUCUCGUUUAUUCAUUUUUUAUUCGCGCAAUUUUUGAUCAAACGCUAUUCACCCCCCCUCCAGCGUUAGUAUCUUAUUCUAACAAUUGGUAUCGGAGCCUAACUCGCGUCCAAACUUAACCGUUUGAGAGUAAAGCGAUCAUGGGCUCUUCUUCUAGAAAUCUCUAUGCAGGAAUUGGAGAAGGUCAAUCAACUUCUAGGCCACCACUCUUUGAUGGCACCAACUACUCUUAUUGGAAGGAACGGAUGAGAAUCUACAUUCGUUCCACCAACUUCCAAUUGUGGUUGGUGAUCAAAAAUGGCGAAGAAAUCCCUAUGAAGAAAGUGGGAGAAACCACGGUCCCAAAGACCAAAAACGAAUUUGAUGCCGAGGACAUCAAGAAGAUUGAAAACUAUGCAAAGGCCAUCAAUAUGCUAUAUUGCACGGUCAACCCCGAUGACUACCAAAAGAUCUCCUGUUGCACAACCGACAAGGAGAUGUGGGACAAGCUUGAAGUGACGUACGAAGGUACCGAUCAAGUUCGCGAAGCCAAGAUCGAUUUUCUCACCCAAGAGUACGAAAUGUUCCGGAUGAAAGAAGGUGAGAAAAUUGAUGACAUGUUCGACCGUUUUUCAAAGAUCAUCAACGACCUCCAUGCUCUCAAAAAGACUUACACCAACAAGGAUCUCGUGAGGAAAAUCCUGCGAAGCCUCACACCCGAAUGGAGGUCAAAAGCCGAUGCAAUCUAUGAAUCCAUUGGAGUCUCCAACGUCACCAUCGAUAGGCUAAGAGGUUGUAACGCCCCGAAAUCUGGCCCAAAAGAAUUAAUUAAAUUGUUAGAGCAAUUGAUUACGAAUUGGGCCCAAUAAGGGGUUAAAAUUAUAAUUUGGAUUCUAAGCCCAACUUUUAUGUCAUCUCGUAGGAAAUAUUUUUGUGAUCGCGUCGGUUCAGACGGCUCGCGAAUCGGAGUUAUGGAACUCAAGUUAUGACCAU